CUUAAUUUAGUUUUAUAGACCAUUUUCCACACUUACUCUGACCUUAGGAACGAAGACUGUUUUGAUCUAAAAUCUGUUUAAAUGGGUGGACUGAUAUGAAUCAUAACUUGUUGCAAAAAUCAAUUUAAGCCACUCUUUCCUGAAGUUAAGCAGAGCUACUUUUGCUACUCCACAGCCAGGAUAAAGCACAACGUUUGGACAGGUUCACCCAAAAAUACGAAAUUUACUCACUCUCAGGUCAUCCGAUGUAUAGAUGAGUUUGUUUCUUUACUGGAACAAAAUUGGAGUAAUUUAGUAUUACAUCACUUGCUCACCAAUAGAUCUUUUGCAGUGAAUGGAUGCUGUCAUAGUGACAGUUUAAACAGCUGAUAAAAACAUCACAAUGAAUCAAAAGUAAUGUCAUUUUUUGUUGUCAUUUGUAUAGGUCUUUGUUAUAAAACACUGGUCACACUUGAAUAUAACUUAAUACAUCACUUUACAUUAUAAUCCUAAACCGAUCAUUACUGAAUGUAAAUUUAAAGUUUCCAUUCAAUUUUCAUAUUUGUUUGUACACUAGUUACUGAUCUUUUAUCAUAUGAUAUACUGUGUCAUAUUGCUAAUUAUUUAUUAAUGGAAGUGCUGCUAAAACCUGUGCUUGUGACAAUGAUAUCUGGUCUUUGUUUUGUUUUUUGUUUCCAGCUAUAGGUAAGCAUGCCAUUUAACAUAUGUCGUUUUGUGGGAGGGGUUGUUUCAGUAACUUAUAUAUUUUGUUUCUAAUAUUAGAGAUUCAAAAGUAUUUUUGAUCAUGAUGGGACUCAACGUAGGCUUCAAUUCCACAUCUAACAGCACUUCCGUGGGUUCAGAGAAGAUCGCUCCUGCUGUAGUUUUGGGUUUGUGCUGUUUGGUUGGUUUGCCAAGCAACAUUGCGGUAAUUAUCAUCAUUGCCCGUGAGUGGAACAGAAAUCUGAGCUUCAUCUUAAAACUAGUGCUAAACCUUGCAGUCUCUGAUGCUUUGACCCUUUGCUUGGCUCCUUUUGUGCUGUAUGGAAUACUGUUUGGAUGGAAACUCGGCCUUUGGUUCUGUAAGUUCCUGUUUUUUUUGGGUCACUGGAGUCUGUAUGUUGGUGUCCUGACGGUCACCUCCAUGAGUGUCCACCGCUAUCACAAUGUCAUCAAGUCAAGAUUCAUUAACAAAAUGAUACUGCACAGACUGGAAAGACGGGACAGGCGCCUUCAGCUGAUUGGCAUCUGGAUUCUAGCCUUUGCGUUUGCCCUACCAGUAUUUUUUACUCAAGGACUCAAAGACAAGGAUGGACUGCAAAGAUGUCAGAGGAAAAUGGAGUCACAGUCUGUAGAAGUGAUUGUUUUGGUUUUUGAGAUCCUGUUGGGGUUCAUCAUUCCAUUUUUGACAAUGUUGACAUGUUAUCUAUGGUUGGACAAAGGGUUGAGACAAAAAGCCAAGAGCUCCAGUCUAACUAGAGCUCCACAGGACCAGGAACCCAGAAACCAGGGGAAAACCGUUAGGACUUACAAGAAGAGACUUGUGAUCAGCAUCGUUGUGGCUUUCUUUCUGUUUUGGACUCCUGUGCACAUUAUCAAUGUGAUUGAUAUAGUCACUACUCUGACUAAAACAUCUCAUCCAGAUGUUCAUUCUCAACUGAAGUCCUUCCGCCAAGUAUAUGGUGAUACAAGCAAGACUCUGGCUUUGCUAAACUGCUGUCUGAAUCCUUUUCUCUAUGCCAUCUCUUCAGCAAAUAUUAUGAAAUGUUUCAGAAAGAGAUAAUUCAUAAUUUCUGAUUCAGUCAUUUAUUUUCAGUCAAAUAUAUGCUUUAAGGACUUCAAGCACAAUUAUAAAAAUGGUUCUAAACUACCAAAAUAGGAUUUUUUUUUGUGUGUGUGUGUUUGUUUUUUUUUUUUUUUUUUAGCUUGUAAUAGUAGCAGAACCUUUUCUAUAAGAAUCAUGCUUUGAAAGUGUUAAAUACUGUAGGACCUUUAUAGUGUUUUAUAAUUUUAUUUAUUUAUAUUGUUUUUACCUUUCUGUCUGUCUUAUAAUAUCUUGUAGCCUGUAGUAAAAAACAAAAUAGAAAGAGGACAUAGUAAUGAAGACCAAUUUCGGUAAAAUAUAUUUCCAUUAUUAUGUAUAUAUUUUGAGUGGCAGUUUCUCACUGCAGAUGAUGAAGUUGGUGGGGUGUGAUGCAUGUGAAAUACACAAUUGAGUUUAGAGUUAUAGUGUAGCUUCAUAAUGUUGAAAAGAAAAAAAAAGGUGAUAAAAAGUCAUGGGAACUUUUGAAGAACCAUCUUUUUUAGAUUGGGGUUUCAGAAUGUUCUUACAUGGUUUACAGUAGAUGAGCACAUGCUUUUGAUGGACUAACACUAUUUAACAGCUGUCUGUGUCUUGCAUUUUAUACAGAAAUACGGUCAUAUUUAUUAACAUGAAUGGAGUGUUGUAAAUAUCAGUAUUGUACAUAAUUGCAUUUUAUUUGAUUGCUGUAAGUGUUAUUAAACAGAUGGAAAUGUUCAUAUCAGGGUUGGUGUUUUUUGUUUGUUUGUUUGUUUUUCUUGGUCUUUGGUAACAGUCUAGAAGAACUGUUUUAAUUGAUACUUUAGGCCUGGGUUUCCCCAAACUCAGAUUUGUAUUCGUACAUAUCUAUCAUUUGUUUACAUGUAUGUCGUGACCAAUCAACAAAGUAAAUAUGGUCAUAGGGUUUUAGGUUUGGUUAUCUGGUUUAAACUGGAUAUGUUGCAAGAAAUGUUGAUCAGAAAUAAGAUGGCCAUAGAUAAGAGGUAAGAAAAAAGCCGCGAAGUAAAUGCCUUCAGUUUGCAAGAGGUGCUACAUUGGUCAGCGAAAGAACGGAAGAGAAAUAUACGUGUUAAAACCACAAAAGAAGAAAGAACAUCAAGAAGAAAAUUGCAAAGAGGCAGCAUGAACACAACUGAUGCAAUAGGAACAAGCUCAAGAGACUUACUGCAAAAGGAGGACUGAACAAUGCAAAUUACAGAGGAGAUCACCCUACAAAGCAUUUAGCUGGGUUGAGUUGUUUUACUUAGCUUGUAACAAGUGAUUUUGAUAUCUAAUAUUUUAUUAUUCACCUUAUUUUUCAAUGUGGAAGCAAAAUAUUUCCUGCAAAUAAUUCAUUAGCUGCUAUAGUUAAACAAGUAAGAUUAACAAAGCACAGUAAACCCUAAAACUAUUGUCCUAGAAACCAGUGGUUAUGACUGUACAUUAAAAUAAUAUAACAAAUACUAUUAUGUGACAUCAAGCAGCAUUAACUGUUUUUGCACAGCUAAAACAAC